AUGGAACAGCUGAAUCACAAUUUAACUGAUGACCCGACUUUUGAUGAGUUUCUUGAUACAAGAAAUGGCAGUAGUCGAGGUAACUUUUUAUACACGCAUUCUAAUAACUCGUCAUCAACCACCGUUCAUUAUCCACAUCCCACAAGUACUGCGCUGCAGAUAUCUAGCGUCGGGUUUAAUAACUUGAAGAAAAUGAGUACAAAUAAUUCGCAGAUUUCUACAGCUAGCUCCGUAGUGAAAAUAAAUCCUUUGACCAAAUUGUUUACGAGAAGUCAAGAUAUUAAUCAAGGAAGUGACGAUUCAUCAAGUGCUACUUAUAACGAGGACGAUUCUUCGUCUGAUUUGAUAACUAUUGAACUGAAGAAAUCAAGCGGGCCUAACAAGUUUAAAUUAUCAAAGGGUACCAAAAAUAAGCUCAAAUUUUCCACAAAAAACGGGCAGACAAAGCCUGAUUUACGAAUACAAACAGGGUCAAGCUUGAGAGCGCCAAGGAAAAUAUUCAGCACCUCUGGUCAACCUUCUGAUUCUCCAGAAACACCUACUUCGACCACAAGAAAGAGCUCUAUAAGCUCGCCUGUUUCCACAUUUCACAGCUUGUUUCACAGAUCUCGCAGCUUAUCCCAGUCAUCUGGAGAUGGGAAUUCCCCAAAAAGAAACCAGGAUGAAAUCAAUCUGCAAAAAAUUGCAAAUAAUAAUAGAAAUACCCUUACCCUUUCGUCUAACAGCUCAAAUUCCUAUAUCACUGACGUCAAGCUUGCAAUGAUAUAUAAUUUUACAAGCCCAGGAUAUUCCGUUGAGCUCUCAGACAGCAUGGGAGUAGACCAUAAUUCGUUGGGAGAUAUUCACAAAAAACUUAUGGUACCAACGGAUCAGUACGUUUUGAACAAAUUGCAUAAAAACCUGUCUCAAGUUACUGGCCUCGGAAUUGUAAACGGUGGCUCUGAACAUAUGUUAGAUUUUGGUAAAGAGAAUGCAAAGUUUUAUAAUAAUUUGCUUCACAUACUUAGACCUAUGUUCUAUCCGAAGCACAAUAGAAAGCUUCCAUAUGGUUCACAACACCCUUAUUUAGGGAUGACGAUAGAAGAAAUUUCGAACUACAUAAAAAGAUAUCAGAUUGAUGAAAAACAUAUACGACAGACUCUGCUGCAGAACGCCUUAAAGAAAACAAGGAGCAGGCUGUCAAAUGCAUUAUCUAAGGCUCCAAAUUCUAAGUCUUCGAGUUCUUUGACGUUAGAAGAUACUGUUGAUAACGACUUAAAGUUCAGAGAGACCUCGCAAGAUUUAUUGUCAUUCUUCACCCGAUGUAUGGUUUGGUUGCUGGAAAGCUUUAAGAUGCACGACUCGAGUGAAAUAGGUCCAUUAUCUCAGAUAACUAGGGAGUGGAUGAAGGUUGCAAGCUUGUGGGAGUAUUUCAAUCAGAAGGUGCGCUUCAAUAUCAUUUGUAUGUUUCAUCCUUUCCAAGUGUAUCUUAGAAAAUUAAGCAUUGAUACGAAACAGAGAACGGGUAUCGAAAUAGAAAAUAUCAUGCUCUUGGCUUUUCGGGAUACCGUACUUAUGCCCUGGUUGUUCGAACGUAGAAAACUUUUUUCAAAAGAAACUUUAAGGGAUAUAAAAUCAACAGAUCUUUCCGAUUCUAUUAAAGAUUUAAAAACAGAAGAAGAAGCAAUUUUGAAAUCGUCUCAGAGUCAAUUGCUCAGAACCUUAAUAUCUUGCUUUGGAACUGUUUACUCUUAUGCUCAAGCAGAUUCUGGUAACUCUGAUGGAGAGCAACAUUUAAGAGAUAGAUUAUUUGAUGAAACCUUUACACGAUUGACUAAUAUAUACUAG